GAGCCGGUUAUAUUUCCAAAAUGGACAAAAGAAAGAGACUCAUGAACGUACAGGAGGCACUAGCGUUGCUAAACCGUCUGAGCGAAGCAGAGUCUGAUGGUGGGGAAGUAUCAGGACUGAGUGAUCUGUCCUGGGUUUGUUCUGCCUCUGAUGGGUCAUCUGACAGCGAUCCUGAGCCUCCGCGGAACGUGAGGCCGUCCCAUCCUGAUCCCCCGCUUGCAGAUGGGCCUACUGUACCAGCCCAUGCAGAAGUGUGUGCCACUGAGCCGUCACCAGCCCAAGAGAUCGGGAACGAUGGCACAGUGUGGGCGGUCAUGGAGCCUUGCGGAGGCGCAGGGAGACGGCAGAUACAGAACAUCCUCACGGAGUCUACUGGCCCCACACCACACGCACGUCACAACAUUACUGACAAACUCACAGCAUUUAUGUGUCUGUGUGAUAAUGUAAUGUUGGAGGAAAUCCGUGAUUGCACAAUUGCUGAAGCGCGGAGAGACAGAGCCACCUGGGAUGUCUCUAUUAUGGAGCUGAAGGCCUUUAUUGCCCUUCUCUAUGUGAGAGGUGCAUAUUGUGGGAAGAACAUUGAGAUGGAGAGUUUCUGGUCCGAGCAGUGGGGCAACGC